AUGUCCGAUCAGCCAUCACAAGACCCUUCAUCCCCGUCACCUUCUCCGCAAACGGCUUCUCCCAUGCCGCUCGCCGAUAACGACACCGCCAGCGGCGCCGCAUCACCAGAUCUUCCUCUGACCAUGUCCGCGUCAGUUGUCCUGGCCGAUCUACCACGAGAUGCGAGCGCGGCACUGGCUAGCGCAGGCAGCUUCAAGACGGACAAGGUGGUGGUACGGUUCAAGCCCGUGGGGUCGGCGCCGUCGUUGGCGCAAGACGUAUGCAAGAUCAGCGCAACAAGACGGUUUGAGGAGGUUGUGAGGUAUCUCCGAAAAAAGCUGAGGUGCAAAGAUACCGACAGUGUCUUUUUGUACGUGAAUAGCGCAUUUGCGCCGUCGUUGGAUGAAGUGGUGGGCAACUUGCACCAGUGCUUCAAGAACGCUCAUGGCCAGUUGGUCGUCGUCUACUCGCUAACUCCUGCUUUUGGAUGA